UUGUGAAGUGUUUAAACAAAAAACCGCCAAACGGAAUAACAAUGGCCUUAAAGUUUGUGAUUGCCCUUGCUUUGGUUGCUGCCGCCAGCGCUGCUGCUGUUGUUCCAGCUGCCCCUGUCUUGGCCAAAGCUGUUGCCUUAGAGGAAUUCGAUCCCCAUCCCCAAUACAAAUACGGCUAUGAUGUUCAAGAUUCUUUGUCCGGUGAUUCCAAGGGUCAUGUAGAAGAACGCGAUGGCGAUGUGGUUCGUGGUGAAUACUCUUUGAUUGAUGCUGAUGGCUUCAAACGCACUGUCAGCUAUGUUGCUGAUCCCAUUAAUGGCUUCAAUGCUGUUGUGCGUCGUGAACCUCUUGUUGCUGCUGCUCCUGUUGUGGCUGCCCCAGCACCAGUUGUCAGAGCUGCUCCCGCCCCUGUGGUAGCUGCUCCUGCUCCCGUUGUAGCUGCCCCUGCUCCCAUUGUAAGAGCUGCUCCUGUUGUUGCUGCCCCUGCUCCAGUUUUGAGAGCUGCUCCCUUCGUUGCUGCUCCUGCUCCAAUUGUUAGAGCUGCUCCCGCACCUGUGGUUGCUGCCCCAGCUCCUUUGACUUAUGCCGCCUCUGCACCCUUUGUCAGAGCGGCUGCUCCUGUAGUAGCUGCUCCAGCUUUUGCACGUAGCGCUCCCUAUGUGGCUGCUCCUUUUAACUAUGCUGCCCCCUUGAACUAUGCUGCUGCUGCCCCCUUGAACUAUGCUGCUCCUGCCCCCUUGAACUAUGCUGCUCCUGCCCCCUAUGCCGUGAGACAUUUGUAA